UCAUGUAACAUGAAAGUGAAUUUUCCACGCCAUGGUUAUUACUAGCGAGUCGAAAAUAUUGACAUUGGGCGUGGUGUUGGCGGCGGUAGGCCUGUUGAUGUCCUACCUAAAACGAAGGUGUGGUCCAGACGAUGCGGAAGAUAGUGAUAAUAUUAGGAAGCAAAUGCACGAUGGAGGAAGCGCCCCUUCCACUUCCGCUUCCACCUCCAGUUCCGCUUCCGCCUCCUUUCGAAGCCGUCUGGGUCAGCCCAAGAAGACGAAUCUCACCAGACAUGGGCCGGACAGACAGCGGAAAGCAGCGCGCUCAUUGGUGGACACUCUACGGAGAAUCCACUACUACGAGCGGCGUGUUUCUGCUCUGAACUCGGCGGAGCAGACAAUUAUAUAUUUAGAUCUAGCCAUGGCCGACGACCUGUCCAUACAAUUAUGUAACGAGGACCCGGAUGUCGUGAACAAUUACGGAACAGAUAUUGACAGAGAAGCGACGAUGCGAGAGAUCGACUGGGACACUGCCAGAAAGAUCUUAAAACGGUUACAGUCCGAAAACAAAAUCGUCCCGGAAGCCAUCGACGUUUUCGACCAAUGGCUGAAGACCCUGUCCCUGCCCGAGGACCCCAGUCCGCCCGUAGCAGACGACAGCGAUGUGAAAAUAUUCAUGGUGUGGUACCAGGAACGUCGAUCUAAAAAUCAUGGCCAAUGGUUGGAGCCGCCCUGCGAUUUUACUCGGAUUUCACAUCUCUUGGAACACCCGUCCGUCUUGAACGGCUUGACGCACAGCCGAGGUUUGAUCUGGCUGACGACGUCACAGAUGGACUGCGUGAAAUGUUACGACGAGCAGCGUCAAGCUGACACACAGUGUGGCGAGCAGCGUCAAGCUGACACACAGUGUGGCGAACAGACUCCAACAGUCUCUGGGGUGGAGUCGGUAGCGAUCGGCGAUCAUCCCCAUGAGGCAUUGGUGCAAAGGGUGUCGUUCUUUACUCCGCCCCCUUCUACGGACGAUCCGUUUUUUCUCGAGCAGCUGCGAACUAUGGUCCCGCUAGAAGACCCGUCUCAGGUCUAUACCAUGGACUGGGUGGGGAGCGAAGGAGUUUCCGAGGACUUGUCGCUGCCCUACGUGUCCCCUUUAACCAGUCGCGACCGGUUUUCGCCCAGUGUGGUCCGGCUCUGGGCUCCGGUCUUCAGAUCGGCGCAGAGAGCCGAGUAUCACGUGACCAGAAUUGGCACCCGGUUUGAGAAUCUGUGGGAGUCUCGAUUUCGGUUUAUUUAUAACGUGAACUUGUCCAAUACGCCAGUACCUGGCACUUACAGCUACUUCCACCCGGUUUAGGCGUAUAGUAACACGUUACGAGAGAGAAGGGGGAGGGAGUGGGGAAGAGAGAGAGAGGUGUGGG